UGUUAUGGAUAGAAGAUUGCAUUUCAAAGAAUAUUCCUUUGAAUAGUAAUGUGAUAAUGCAAAAGGCAACAAAGAUUUACCAGCAUUUAAAAGAGCUUGAAUGCGUUUCUUUUAAUGAAUCACAUCGAUAUGAAUUUAAAGCCAGUAAAGGUUGGUUUAGCAGAUUUAAGAAUCGAUUUUCCUUGCGCAAUGUCAAAGAUGGAGGAGAAAGAGCAUCAGCCGACACAAAAGCAGCCGAGAGAUUCCGAAAGAAUUUUCUCAAAAUUGUAGAAGAUGGAAAUUACACUGCAGAUCAGGUAUAUAAUGCCGACGAAACCUCGUUAUAUUGGAAGAAAAUGCCCAGACGCACUUACAUCUCGAAAAAUAUAAAGUCUGAUUCAGGAUUUAAGGUUUCCAAGGAUAGGAUCACUUUACUUUUAUGUUCAAACGCAUCUGGAGAUAAUGUUAUAAAGCCCAUGUUAAUUAACCGUUCAUUAAAUCCACGAGCAAUGAAAGGAGUUGACAAAUCAACUCUUCCUGUUUUCUGGCGAGCAACUAAAAAGGCAUGGGUAACAGGUGUUUUAUUUCGUGAUUGGUUUUACAAUUGCUUUGUGCCGGAAGUGGAAGAGUACUCAAAAAGAAAAAAUAUCAGUUUCAAGGCUUUGUUACUGGUCGAUAACGCGCCAGGACACACAGAUUUAAAACAUCCGGCUGUUAAAUUAAUAUUUUUACCUCCCAAUACGACAUCAAUCCUACAACCACAAAACCAGGGAAUAAUUAAAUCAUUUAAAUCAUUGUAUAUACGGCACACAUUUGAACACAUUUUUAAAAAUAUUGAUUGUAAUUCAAGCGCUACCACAGUAAUGGACUUGUGGAAAGAUUUUUCAAUUUUAAAUAGCAUUGAAAUUAUUUCGAUAUCUCUGAAGAAACUAAAAUGUUCGACUCUGAAUGCCUGUUGGGAAAAAUUAUGGCCUGAAGUUGUUAUUAGAGAAGACUGUUUAACUUUUGUGACAACAGAAGUAAAUCGUAUAAUAGAUAUUGCCCACACUUUAGGUGGAGAGGGAUUCGUGGACAUGAACGAGGAAGAUGUUAUUGAAUUAAUUAAUACUAACCAACAGUUAGAUGAAGAAGAACUUAUGCAACUGGCAGAGUUGUCCGAAUCAAGCGGUGAAGAAGACUCAUUACAAAAUUUCUGUGAGGCAGAGCAACACUUUAAUUUAGAAAAGUUAAAUGAAGGAUUAGAAUUGGCAAAAAAUCUAGAAGAACUUUUUACGAAUAAUGAUCCAUCAACAAAGCGCUCUGAGAAAUUUAAGAGAAAAUUGAAAUAUUGUUUAGCUCCAUAUUUUGACGUAAAAGAAGAUUUAGAAAGUAACAAUAAUAAAUUGUUGAAAACAUAAGAAGAUACCCUUUCAAAUUAUGAAUAUAAUAGAGAAGAAAGAAGUGAAUCUUUAAGCUAUGAAAUAGCACAACUAACAUUUAAAAGAGGAUGUCGUUGGAUCCUAAUUAUGGAUAGCUUCGACAGUGAAUAAAUGUAAAAUAAAAAGUGUAACUACUGCUUUUAU